UUCCUUGGAGAUGACGGUCGCGCCCGUCGUUAGGGGCAAUGCUGUGCGUAACACAGGCCAGAAAUUAAUCCAGGACAUAGAAGAGGUUUAGUUGGUAAUAGGCGUUAUCAGCAAUAGUUACAAUGCCUCAAAAUGCAGUAGUAAUCGUGCGCUACGGCCCUUAUAAAUCGUGUGGCAUCGUGGACCACAGAACGUUUCGUCUGAUUGGCCUCCAAGCGGCAUUGAAAGAGAAUGGACAUCAAAGUGUAUUGGAGAAAAUGUCUGAUUGGAACAAGGUGGAACUUGUGGUCAAUGGAGAAUGUGUCUACACAUGCAGCAUAAAACAACUGGAGUUUGGAGGAGAUGGGAAACUGGACCCCCUAUGCAAGGAGGCCGUCACUGCUGUGCAGAAUGCAUACUGAGAUACACCCACACUCUACCAGGAGAUUGGUCAAGGGGAUGAAUCUAGGCAAAUCUAAUAGUAAACCUGAAGAGAAGCACAGCAACAGACACUUUUUUUUUUGGAUGACAAGCAUUACAGUACCAUACAAUAGUGUUCUCCAGCAUUAAGUCAAGUGUUGUUGUAUUUAUUGCUACAAAAUCUCGGGGACCCAGAAUCAAACGUGCCGUGUAUGCUGGUCAUCUCAACAGUCUGUAUUGAGAGACUGCAACAUGCUAAUUGCAACAUGUAGUCAUUAUAGUUUCUUAUGAUUUUUGCUUUGUGGUGAUUGACUGUACUAUAGUUACUAUAUCAUUGUCGAUAUUGCCUCAGACAAUAUUGUGUCUGGUCCCUGUCUGAAAACAUACAUGACAAAAUCCAUAUAAUUCCCUUAACCUUUGGCAUACUACCCUUCUUAGAUCUGCUUCCUGUGGUCUCUCUCCUCAUCUGAAUAGGAUUACUUCUGCAAUCCAUUCUCAAUUAGCCUUAUGGGAGGGAUUGUGCACUAAUAGAAUCAUACCCCAUCGGUCAAACCACGGACCAAAUUUGCAUUGCAAGCAAAAAUCCAAACAGUCAUGCAAACACUGCCACACAGUCACAGUCUGGGGUGUGUCCCAAAUGGCAACCUAUUCUCUAUGUCGUGCACUACUUUUGACCAGAGCCCUGGUCAAAAGUAGUGCACUCUUAAGGGAAUAGGGUGCCAUUUCGGACGCCACCUCUGAGCUUAGGCUCAAUGUCAGCUUCAAUGUUAACCAAAAACAUACGGAGGUGCUUAUAGGGGUUCAUGGCACUUAUCACAUUUC